CUUCUGUGGACCUUUUUACGGAACUUGCAAAGAGUGCAAGGGAUACAAGGCACACUCUCAGUCGAAAACAUCCAAAAUACAAGAUAAAGACAUUUCACUUCUUUGCAAAAACGAUACAUUAGUGCCUAUAUAUUAUAAAGUAUUUAACAAAUAGUAGGAGCCCUACUCUGGAAAGGGUGGAUACUCGUUCAUUUGAAAGUUAAAUGAUUAAAGUCUAAAUCAUUUGUGCUGGUAAUAUAAUGAAACCACGUUAAUAUUAAAACACAACGGUGACGUCGUUAACAGACAUUUAAAGAAGUGCUAAUGAAAUGCAGAAGAAAUGAUGUCAUUAGUAUCUGCGCCUUAUGAAGAAGUGAUGCGUUGUGUCACGCAUUGAACUGAACGUCUUUGCGCUUCUUUUCGCUGUCCAUCCUAUUUCAUGAUCUGACAGACUGAGGGAAGAAACUGUUAUGCAUUCAAGCGAUGCAUUUUGGACAAGUGCUUUUGUUUUGUUCUUGCUGCAGUGUGGCGCACAAAGCAGCGGCUCCACAGAGAGACGUCCCCGCUGUGCCACUGAUGGAUCGACUAUGAGAUGUGUGCUGGAAGAGGCUGACGUAUUCAGUUCUGAUCCAGUUAAACUGGGUGGCAUUGAGGGACAGACAGUGGACGUUUACACAAAAUGUCAACAAAGCAACUCGGAGAGGUUUGAAUGCCUCUGCUACCAAAGGAUCAAUGCCUCUAUGCAGCCGUUACAGCACUUUGAGAGAGAACAUACAAAUGGAACACACACUGUAAUGUGUGGCAAUUACAGUGUUACAGUAGACGAGCCACCCCAAAGGAGGCCAUCGGUCCCAGUUAUCAAAGCUAUUGCAAUUCGUGUCCGUUUUGCUCAAUUGGUUUGUGUUUCUGAGGGGAACCCUAGACCAAACAUCAAGUGGUAUAACGGCAAAGAUCCAAAAGAGAGUAAAGAAGAGAAGUGGAAUAGAGCCAAAAGCAUUGUAAAAAGCCUCCCCGAUCCAAAUGUAAAGUGCUGUGCUAGUAAUGUUUUGGGUGAGGAAUGUACUGCAGUUUAUUAUCAUGACCUAGACACACAGGUAGAUGACCAAAAGGGUCAGAUUUUCCUUACAUCUGGUCAGUCUCUGCUACUUCAAUGCAAAAAAGAGUCAAACAAAGACCCUAAACUAAGAUGGCUCUUGAAUAACACGGCGAUCAGUGGAGUCACAUCAUUGUAUUUUAGAGACUGGAUGGAGUACUUAUCUAUUGAAUCUGUUAAUGUGACACACAGUGGGGAGUACAUUUGCAAAUCUAAGAGCAACCACAGUGUGAAUACCUAUGUCAAGGUCUUUGAUAAUGACAAAAUCGACGUAUUGCAGCUGAAUGAGAACAGCAGCAUACUAGCACAAAAUAAGGCAAGCUUCUGCUUCCAGGCUCUGGUUUUCUCUCAUCCCAAAGCUCAGUGUCACUGGAUUACACCAAAUCAAUCUAAAAUCGAAUGCGAAGAGACUCAUUAUCAUCCCUAUAACAGUAGCUUUAAGCUGUGUAAUCCUGAUCCAGGCCAGUAUCAGUUAAAACUUGACACUCAAGAAUAUAGUGUCAUAAGAAAUCUGUCUCUCUGCAUAUCAGACAUUCCUAGUAUUAAUGUAAGCACAAAUUCAAGUUUCAUCACUUGCAAGACUCAAAGUUCCAAACCUACGGCUUUAUCUUGGAAGAUCUGCCCAUCGCAUUUAAAAAACAUUGAUUCCGAAGACUGGAAAGAGAUUCCUGUUGCCCUUUCAGAGUUCCCAGAUUCAGAUCAGUUCUGUCAGAAGAAGAUCACCUUUGACCAACCACGUUCUCACAAAGAGAACCAUCUGAUCAAAUGCUGCAUCACUAACGUUGCAGGAACGCACUGCAGUGAACAAAUACUACUGCAGACAAAUUCCUACACUGAAUACAUUGUUUGCCUUGUGGUCAUCAUUUCACUUUUCAUGAUCAUCUUUGUCUUAAUCGUCUAUAUUAGAGUUAAGAAGCCUGUGUACCAGUCUCAGAUCCAGAUGAUCCAGAUGGUGGGACCCAAUGACAACGACUACAUAUACAUCGACUUUAGGGAAUUUAAGUAUGACCCCAAAUGGGAGUUUCCAAGAGAGAAUCUAGAGCUGGGGAAAAUGCUGGGAUCUGGUGCUUUUGGGAUGGUUAUGCAGGCUACGGCAUAUGGGAUCAGCAAGCCUGGAGUGUCUAUUCAAGUAGCAGUAAAGAUGUUAAAGGAAAAACACCAGGCGAUGGAGAAAGAGGCUCUAAUGUCUGAACUGAAAAUGUUGACUCACAUUGGAAACCAUGAAAAUAUUGUCAACUUGCUCGGAGCUUGCACGAGCACGGGUCCCGUUUACCUCAUCUUCCAAUACUGCUGUAAUGGGGAUCUCCUGAACUAUCUGAAGAGCAACAGGGAGCAUUUUCACAAAUAUCUGACCGACGCUUUCAACAGAGACAGAUUCAGAGGCCUCUACCACAACUUCCAGCAGAAGAGAAACUCCAGUGAGUUUGUUGAGUCAAAUGACAACUCGCACAUGCACAUAACCCCUGAAACUAAAGAACAGGAAAACGAGGCCCUUCUCAGUUCCAGCAUCAGCUCGGUGUCUACUAUUGAGGAAAUGCUCAAAUGUGACAGCGACCUUCAAGAAGAGGAACUGCAGAGUCUCACGUAUGACGACCUGUUGAGUUUCUCAUUUCAAGUUGCAAAGGGCAUGGAGUUCCUGUCUGCUAAAAAUUGCAUCCAUAGAGACUUGGCUGCCAGAAAUGUUUUGGUGACACUUGGUAGACGGGUGAAGAUCGGGGAUUUUGGCCUCGCUCGAGACAUUGAACAUGACUCCAACUAUGUUGUAAGAGGAAAUGUGCGUUUGCCCGUAAAGUGGAUGGCUCCUGAGAGUAUUUUUAAAGGGGUGUACACAAUGCAAAGUGAUGUCUGGGCCUAUGGCAUUCUGCUGUGGGAGAUCUUUUCUCUGGGAGUGACUCCAUAUCCUGGGAUAACCGUAAAUAACACAUUCUACACAAUGAUUGAAAGUGGAUAUCACAUGGAGCAGCCCUACUAUGCAGCAGAUUCCUUAUACAAGGUGAUGUGUCAUUGCUGGUCACUGGAUCCUGUAGAUCGACCUUGUUUUUCCAAACUUGUGGCCUUUAUGGAAAAGAAGCUGGCUGCUCUAGAAGAGAGGCUCUACUACAAUGUUGGAGGAUACAGCUACAAUGAUAUAAUAUACCAGAAUCCACCGGUGACCCCUGAUGCUACAUUGGAGGAAGAAUUGCAGUCAUCUCCGGAGAACUCCCUCGAGCCGAAGAAUUCAGAUGAAAGCAAUACCACAGAGGAUCUAGGCUCAGUAAGACCACAACCUGGUGUUUGAAGAUGGUUAUUAUGAUAUAUAACUAUAUAAAAAACAAUGUUCAGAAUGUGCUUUUGUAAGUCACCAUAGCCGUUAUGGAUGAAACUGCAAUAAUUAACUGUACAUUUGUUACCAAACAGUAUUUUCUGAAUUGAGACCCAAUAACUCCGUGACUUAAUUCUGUGUGAAAUUAUUUACUAAUAUGAAUUAUGUUGUUUUGUGCAGGAUGCUGCUAUUCAUAUAGAUGCUAAAAUCAUAGGUUAAUACAAAAGUAACAAACAAGAAUAAACGAAAUAACUGAAUUAUAAGAAAUGGUAAAAUUCUAGAAAUGUUAGCUUAUCACUGGACUGGCUAAAUAGUCUGCUUUUGUUGUCUACAAAGGCUGUAUUUUGAUCACAGAAUUAAAAAAAUAUAUAUUAAAAGAAGGAUUUAAUGCUGCAACAAUUUUGCAGGCUGGUGUGAAAGUUCUCUGUUUUUAAAACAAAACCUUUGUGUUCUUUUUCAUUAUAUUUAUUGAUUUGUUCACAGCUAUUAUUUAUCAAGUGAUAAGGAAGCUAUUCUUUACUAGAAUGUUGUGACAGAAAUUAAACUUUGCCAUUAUUUUUUAGAAACAAAUGCAUUAACUUUCUGUAUACAGUAUUUUAGCAUUUGUUAAGCAUUCUUGUUAUUUUCAUUGCCUGAAUGUAGAUGUAGAACUUUUUUCUCAUUAUUCAAUUCAUGUAGUAAUGGAGUGAAAAAUACGCACCCGUGCAAAUAAAAGACAAUGCACGUUGUGCAUUUGUAUG